AUGGAAAAAAUUGAUCUUGACGACGUUGAUGAUGCCAUACUCAGGGAAAAGCUGUUUGUGAAGGCAGCAACGAGGUUCUUAAAGACGAUGGAGUUCAAGGGAGUUGAGGAAGGGUAUGAUGGAGAGCUGAUGAGGCCGCAGAAGGAAGUCGAGCAAGGAGAUGCGGACGCACAGAGAAAAAGUAGCAGGAUGGCCAGAAAACAUAGUGAAAUGAGACUGAAAAGGAAAUCGGAGGACGUGGAUCUGGACUCCGAGGACCUCGGGCCGGAAGACUUCAUUGCCCCCAUGCUGAGCAACAGGGAAACCAGAAAGAAGAACAAGGAAAAGCAUCCGGUCAACAGGUCGCUGAAAAGAAGGCGGAUGAAGAAAAGGCAAAAGAGACACAGGCGUUGA